AGCAAAUAGGCAGCUAUCUUUAUAUUCUCAUACCAGCGUGGCAGUAUUUAAGUCGUCUGCGUUCCACUCUUCCUUCAUCGUGAUGGCUGGCAGAAUUCCCGAGUCGACACGAGCAUUGGUCGUUAAGAAAUGCUCCGCGGAAGCAAAGCAUGUCUACCAUGAUGCUGUCCUGGAGACACGUCCGUUGCAGCAACUAAAACAAGGAGAAGUUCUUGUGAAAAUGGGUGCCGUGUCGUUCAAUCAUCGAGAUCUUUGGAUACGACUUGGUCAAUACCCGGGAAUAACGUUUGGGAGCACUUUUGGCGCUGAUGGAGCAGGCACGGUAGUUGCGUCUGCGGAUGCAAAUGAUGCACUCUUGAACAAGCGCGUCUUCCUGACACCAAUGCGUGGUUGGGAAAACACACCAGAUGCACCGGAAACAGGGAGCGGUCUCGGAAUCCUUGGAGGUGGACGCAACCCGCCAUUAGGAACGUUUGCCGACUAUGUUAUAGUGGAGAGAAACCAGGUUAUUUGUUCACCAGAUCAUCUUGAUGAUGUUCAAGUCUCCGCUUGGCCUCUUGGUGGCCUAACUGCUUGGAGAGCAGCGAUCGUCAACGCUGGAGCUUCGAAAGGCCAAAAUAUCCUUAUUACUGGAAUUGGUGGAGGAGUGGCACUUCUUGCCAUGCAGUUAUGUCUAGCCAAAGGUGCUAACGUCUAUGUUACGAGCAGUAGCGAGGAGAAAAUCCGGAAAGCGACUGCCCUUGGAGCCAAGGGCGGAGUGAACUAUAAAUUGAAGGAUUGGCCAUCGCAACUUGCUGCCCUUCUGGCAAAACACAGCGGAAAGUCGGCGAAGAUUGAUGCAGUGCUUGACUCUGGCGGUGGGGACAUUAUGACACGAGUGAACAGUAUCUUAAAACAGGGUGGAAAAGUCGUGGUCUAUGGGAUGACCGCAAAUCCUCAAGUCAAGUUCACGAUGCGAGAAGUGAUCAAGAACCAGCGGCUCAUCGGUUCGACGAUGGGCUCCCACAAGGAUCUCACCGAUGCAACCAAGUUUAUCUCGGAACACCGCGUUGUACCAGUGGUGUCUCAAGUCCUUGAGGGACUUGAAGCCGCAGAAGAGGGCUUCGAGCUCAUUAAGCGCGGGGAUCAGUUUGGAAAAAUUGUCAUUCGGAUCAAUGACAAGGUCAAUGCCAAGCUGUGAUCAUGUUUAUCGGAUUUCCCAACUACAAGUGUACACUACCUUAUUAUGACGACUCUGCGCCUCAACAUUGUUCCUAUGACAUGUGGGAAGUUCAACAUAGACUUAUUGAACUCGCACUUUUGUUUUUGUCUUUUGUUCGUAUAUCUUCCUGUGGGCCCAAGGAAGUAACUUUUUGACCAGCUUCAUUCCUUUCCUGUUGUACGUGCAUGAGUUCUGUAUCCCGAUGGUGGGUGAUUUGAGCAGUACUAUGUAUACUGUGUCCAUUGUACAAGUCUGUCCACCAUACUAAGUAGUACAAUGACAACCUAACCUAAUGUGGUUGUGGAUCGAGGAUCUCUUCGGAAGUUAC